GCCUGGGAAUCAAAGGGUGCGUCAUCGGAUACCGGGCUCAUUCUUCAAUUGACCCUGUCGUAGCUAGAUGUGGAGCCGUCUCGUUGCCAAUUCCGCGCGCCUCAGCGCUGCGCGCUCAUCCCUCAUACUGACCCAGCAGGGUCGCUUCAUGAGCACACGUCGCGUGCCUUCAGCGGAGACGCUAUCAGCGCUCAAGGCACUGCUAGGCGACCGUCUCUCGACCUCAUCGUCCGUUCUGGAGCAACACGGAACAGACGAGUCCUACCACGCGGUUGCUCCGCCUGACGCCGUCGCCUUCGUGGAGUCUACGGAAGAAGUAGCCGAGGUCGUCAAGAUCUGCGCAGCCGCUGGCACGCCGGUGAUUCCCUUCGGUGCCGGCUCUUCACUUGAGGGUCACAUUUCCGCCACUGAGGGUGGUGUUUCCAUUGACCUCACGGGCAUGAACAACAUUCUGAGCGUUGAACCUGAGAACAUGAGUUGCAAGAUCCAGGCUGGUGUCACCCGAGAGCAGCUUAACGUGGAUCUCCGUGCCACUGGCCUCAUGUUCCCUGUGGACCCCGGUGCCAACGCCACUCUCGGGGGAAUGAUCUCCACCAACGCCUCAGGCACCACCACGGUGCGCUACGGCAACAUGAAGACCAAUGUCAUGUCCUUGACGGCAGUCAUGGCCGACGGACGCAUCAUCAAGACGGGCUCCAAGACCCGCAAGUCUUCAGCGGGUUACGACCUCACCCGUCUACUUAUCGGUUCAGAGGGCACACUCGGCAUUGUCACGGAGGCUGAACUUCGUCUAUUCGGUAUCCCCGAGGCUGAGAAGACGAUGAUCUGUCAGUUUGACUCGAUCCAGAACGCUGUUGACACAUGCGCGGCGGUCAUGCAGAUGGGGAUUCCUGUCGCUCGCAUGGAGCUGAUGGACGAGAACGCCGUGGAGGCUAUUAACAAGUACUCGAAGCUUGAGACCCCGGUGCGGCCGUCGCUGCUAAUUGAACACCACGGUUCGCCUGGCGAGGUGGAGGAACAGAGCGCCGUUGUGGUGGAGAUUGCCAACGACUUCGAAGCAAAGGAUAUUGAACUUGCUACGAGCCCUGAGGAGCGCAAGAAGCUCUGGAGUGGCCGUCAUGCUGCGUGGUAUGCUACGAUGAGCCAGAUGCCUGGCAGCCGCGGUCUGUCCACGGAUGUUGCCGUGCCGUUCUCUCGUCUGACGGACGUUAUCGUUGAGACUCAGGCCGACCUGAAAGAAUCCGGCUUGUUCGGAACUAUCGUCGGCCACGUCGGUGAUGGCAACUUCCACGUUAUGCUACCGUUCUUUCAGGACGACGCCGAGCUCAUGCAGAAGGUGCGCGACUUCUCCGAUCGUCUCGUAAACCGCGCGAUUGAGUACGAGGGAACGUGCACCGGCGAGCACGGUAUCGGCAAUGGCAAGAUGGGCUACCUAUCGAAGGAGCACGGCGACAGUGUGGACGUGAUGCAUACGAUUAAGAAGGCGUUGGACCCCCAGAACAUCAUGAACCCCGGUAAGAUUUUCUACGGCGACGCGAAGCACUAAGUUAGCUGGAUAGGUGAGGUGCUGAGAUGCGAUGGUGCAUCGCGCAUUGACUAGUAAUUAGAGUGCUGGAGCUCUUCCAUCCUGAGCAAAUAAUGUUAAAUCGCGUGGUGGCGGCAGCAGCCUUUGAUGCAACCAUUUCCUUUUGUUGACAAACCACCGUGUCACGUUUGCGCAAAGCAUCUUCUGAGAAACGAGAGCUUCAACGCAUCAUUCUCCCA